GUGCAGUUACCAAAGGUCAGGUUCAGCCCUCAACUCUGUAGGGUAGUUCCUUAAAUCUGAUUUUAUCAACUCAUCCAGAGUUGAUGUACUCAAGGCAUCCUAUUGAAAGCCAUUAAGAGAUUGAUCUGCAGCACAAACACUGGGCUGCCCAGCGGUUGGACGGCCUCUAAUCCCAAUCUCUGCACCUGCAUGGCUGGGCGCUGCCUCCCCAGCCUUGGCCAUGGCCGCGGUUUGGACGCCACUGCUUUUGGGAGCCUCCCUGGUGCUCCGGGUCUGAGCUGCAACGUCCUGGGGCCUGCACACGGUCUCUCUGUCCUUUGUGCCGCUCGGACCCAGGGAGGUGCUGCCAUUAGGGAAAUCGCAGCGGGUGUUGGGAGGGCAGCACACUCGAUGCGCUGCCGGCCAUGAGCGGGCGCCAGUAUCGUCGUCAUCCGGGCACCUCGCCGGCCCUCGCGCCCGCCGCCAUCUUGCGUCCGUCCGCUGGAGCCGGCAUGGGGCUGGUGAGACCCGCGCUGUUCCUAUUGGGGAGCGCGCUCCUGUGCACCCAGCACCGCUCGCUCUCCAGAGGGGCCAGCGGCUUCCCUCGGGCAGAGGCGGCACACAGGCUGCAGCAGGCCCCGGCCCCGCCGCGAGGGCCGGCCACGCAGGAUUGCGGAUCAGCACCACUUAGAGAUGCACACACAGGGUCUCGGAUUGUAGGAGGCAGAGAAGCGCAAACUGGGGUCUGGCCGUGGCUCGUUAGCCUGCAGAUUCAAAACAACCAUAACCUCUUUCAUGUGUGUGGAGGAAGCCUGGUGAGAGACAGGUGGGUCCUCACAGCUGCCCACUGCACUAAACAAACUAGAGAUCCUUUAAAGUGGAGAGCUGUAGUUGGAACCAAUAAUCUACACAAGAGUCAUUCAUAUACCAAGAAGAUAAAAGUUAAAGCAAUUAUUCUCCACCCAGACUUCAUUGUGAAAACUUACGUAAAUGACAUCGCACUCUUCUAUUUAAAAAAAGCCGUACGGUAUAACAACUAUAUUCAGCCUAUUUGUCUACCUUUUGAUACUUUCCAAAAACUGAAUGAAAAUACAGCAUGUUUUAUAAGUGGCUGGGGAAGAACAAAAGAAGAAGGUAAUGGCACACAUAUAUUACAACAGGCAGAAGUACAUUAUAUUUCUCGGAAAAUUUGUAACUCUGAGAGGAGUUACGCAGGAGCAAUUCCUAACACUUCAUUUUGUGCAGGUGAUGAAAAUGGAGAUUAUGAUACUUGCAGGGGUGAUAGUGGUGGACCAUUAAUGUGCUACUUACCAGAACAUAAGCGUUUUUUUGUAAUGGGAAUUACCAGUUAUGGAUUUGGCUGUGGUCGAAGGUAUUUUCCUGGUAUCUACAGUGACCCAUCAUUCUACCAAGAGUGGCUGACAGAUCAUUUCUCCAAGGCAAGAGCUACAGGCAUAUUUAAUGUAGAUAUUUUAAUUGUCCAAACCCUUACAGCUUUAGGUUCUAUCAUCUUCCUAGCAACAAUGUAAAAAAAUUCUGAAGAUUUGCUACUUUAUUUUGUAUUGUAUCCUCUUUUACAUCAUACAUAAUGAAAGCUAUUUAUUAUUUUAGCAAUUAAUUACUCACUUUAAGAGUUCCCCCCAAAAGCAUUUUUUUUAGGAAAAAAAGAAUUGUGACAUAAUUACAUACACAGUUGUAAAUCUGUUCUACCAAACCACAUCCAUGGUAGAACUUGAUUAUUUUAUGUUAUAAUCAUAAUUUUGUAUUUGGAAUACUUUGCUAGCAGUUUGCAUAAAAUAUUUAAUUAAAACAUGUUCUUUAGGUGUAUGAAUAUCAUAAUAAAGAGUUUAUAAUUAAAAUGAAACUGUUCUUUGGUUAAUCAAAAUUAUUUUGUAAUUUAUGAUCUAUAAUUUUAAAAAAUUAUAAUCUCGUUUCUCGUUCUUCAAGAAUACUUGGAGAAACAGUGUUUACUUCUCAUUUAAGUUCUAAUUUGGCUGGGAGUUUAGGUCAGUGGCAUAAGCACUUGCCUGGCAAGCAUGAGGUUAUGAGUUUAAUCCCCAGUACCAAUAAAUAAAUAAAUUCUAGUUAAAGCAAUUUAUAUAAUGUGAAUACUCAUUACCUAUAAGAGAGAAUUGCAAAGUAGACAUCUCCUAUUCAUUUACUAUUUUUAUUCAGGGAUUUAUGAGGAGACUUUUUCUAACUGACUUUCUAAAUUUUCUUUUUUCUAAAGACUAUCUUGGGCUCCCUGAAUUAACUGGAAAGAAGGGAUUCAAAGACAUGCUUAAAGGACAGAAGCCAAUCUGGCGUAAAUUUUAUGUUGACUAAUCUAUAAAAUAUAUUACUGAAAAAAAAGAAAAUGUUUAGCACUUGGCCGGCAUGCAUGAAGCCUGGAGUUUAGUCCAAAGUGUGUGACAUGAGCCAGUACACUCGGUCUGCAUUUUCUCUGACACUCAUGUGUUGAUGGAUAUAUAGGCCGUUUCCAUAGUUUAACUAUUGUGAUUAUGCUGCUAUAAACAUGGGUAACAUGUAUCACUAUAAUGACUUUAAUUCUUUCAAGAUGAUACUCAGAAGAGGUACAGCUAGAUCAAAUGGAAUUUCUAUUUUUAAUUUUUAUGAAGAAUCUUCAUACUGCUUUUCAAAGUGGUUGUACUAGUUUGUACUUCCACUAACACUAGAAGGGUUCCUUUCCCUCCACAGCCUCACCAGCAUUUGUUGUUGAAGCUUUGAUAAUACCCAUUCUUACUGGAGUAAGAUGGAAGCUCACUAUGGUAUCGAUCUGCAUUUCUCUACUGGCCAAAGAUGAACAUUUUUUCAUGUACUUAUUGGUUGUUUGGGCAUCUUUCUGAGAAGUGUUCAUUCAUUUUAAUUGACUUUUUUGAUUGAGUUAAAUUUUUUGAUUUCUUUAUACAUUCUAGAUAUCAAUCCUCUGGUCCAGGGAGUAGCUGGCAAAAAAUUUUCCCAUUUCCAUAAACCUUUACUCUGUGGAUUGUUUUCUUUGCUGUGCAGAGCUUUUAAAUGUGAUCUGAUCUCAUUUGUUGAUUCUUGGCAUUAUUUCUUGUGUAAUUGGUGUUCUACUCAGAAAGUCUUUGCCCAUAUGCAAAUGUCGUUCAGAGUUUUAUUUAUUUUACCUCCCAACACAUUCAGUGUUUUUAAUAUCCUGGUCUUUGAUCCACUUUCAUUUGAUUUUAGUAUAUGGUAAAAAGUGUGUGUGGAGAUUCAUUCUUCUGCAUGUACAUAACCAGUUUUAUUAGCAUCAUUUAUUUGAAAUUAUGUUUUUCUGCAGCAUAUGUUUUGGGCCUUUUUGUCAAAAUUCAGACAGCAGACAGUAGAUGGAAUUAUUCUUGCAUCCUUAAUUAUGAAUUUUUUAUUUUAAAGAGGAUAAAACCAAGGAAAAUAAAACAAUAAAACCAAAACAAACCAGUGUGACACAGGACUUCAAAACAAUGCAAAAAUCAAUAAUUUCCAUAAUGCCUCUUGUUGUAUUCAAUAUAGCUGCAGAUACCUUCAGACAUAGUAAAAAUCAAACACAACAGAAUCAAUAAAAAAAAAUGAAUGCAAUAAAAAACUUCAAAACAAGACAAUAGUAAAUCUAAAAUGGCUACCAUAAUAUAUCUUGUUAUCUUUGAAAAUGCUGCUCAUGCCAUCGGAUAUAACAAAAUCAAACAAAACCCAAACCAACAAAACAAUAAAAAUGAUACAAGACUUCAAAACAAGACAAUAGGGAAUUAACAAUGGCUAACACCUUCAGAAGGAGAUUCCCCCUAGAUGCCACACUGUGUACCCUUAUCCUCUGAACCUAUGAUCAGACCUCUGGCUCUAGACCUGCAAAGUCAGUGAAACACCAAAGCACCGCAGGCAUCCAAUUGCAUUUCACCCCCAUAGCUAUCAUCACAGCCUGUUUCUCCAGAUCUGCCAGUCGCUUACGGAGUGGGUGAUGAGUGGGUGAUGAGUGGUGAUGACGGGGAGGGGUGUUUCCCUCUUUGCCAGUCUGGGUCCUGGAAGGGACUUGGGUCUGGCUGUGUGUGACCCCACCCCCCAGAUGGCCUGCGCAUGGCGCUAGUUUGCAGGGAUGGCUUGCUUCUUGGCAAAUCCUUAUUCUCUUCCUUUGCAGUCUGCAAAUGGUAGUGACUCACAGAGGAAGGCUUGGGUCUGGCUGUCUGUGUCACCACCCCCCCACCCCCGCCCUCGCGGGCUUCUGGGUGAAUUACUCUCCCUCUUUAGUCCGUGAAUAGCGCUGAUUCAUGGGGGAAAGCUCUAUUCUAUUUUUUUAUGUUUAUCCCCCCCCCCCUUUUUUAAAAUUUCAGUACUGGGAAUCAAAUUCAGGACCUUAUGCU